AUGCAGCUGAACUAUCACGCCACUCUUCGGGUUUUCGCAGCAGUCAUUUUGGCUGUUCCAACCGCCUUGUCCCUUCCUGGCUUAUCAGAUAAACCUCACCAGCUAACAUCCAAGUUUACUUGCGAUCAUCUCUCUGAAAAUUCAUGCCUCUACACCUUCUAUGCGGAUCAUAAAUCUGCUAUUACCACAAUGGCAGAUAGCAAUUGUACCGACUAUGGUCAAGACCAUGUUGUUUUCAACAGGACUAAAGUGAUUUUCGGCUUGGAUGGUGGACCAAAGCCUCUGAAAGAUCGUGUCUGGGUGUUGUCAAAUUUCACUCGGUUGAAUGCACCCAAAGCAGUAGUUAGCUUUACAUCACCGAUAUCACCAGAACUUCAGUGGUUGGGCGAAAGUUACAGUGUCUUAAAACUCUUGGACGCAAACUUCAAGCCUCCAACUGUUCCUUUGGGUAUAGAUCCGAGGACUCCAGAUGUUUAUGCGCUGGAGAUCCCAUGUUAA